AUGGCGUCCGAUCUCGACGAUUCGGACGGCUCCGACGACUCGCUGCACCGGACCAAGAUCAUAAAUUCGGCCUUUGACAGCGAUAGUUUCGACUCCGAUGGCACGAUUCACGUCGAAGGCCUUGUCGGGUCGGCGACCAUCUCACCCUCGGGCCGCGAUGUCGCAUUAGCAUCCCCCGACGGCCUAGCCAUCAUCGAUCUUGACUCGCCCUACAAUGCCCCACGGCGGGUCAAGAGCCACGGCAUGCCCUGGCUCGUCGUUGACGUGCAAUGGUCGCCCUUUGCGGCCCGCGACUAUUGGGUCGCCUCGACGGCCAACCACUGUUGUCUCGUUUGGAACCUGAACCGCCCCGACGACUCCAGUGCCGGUGCCGUCGAGCACUCGCUGCGUGGCCACCGCCGCUCCAUCACCGACAUCAACUUCUCCGCCCACCACCCGGACAUGUUGGCCACCUGCUCUGUCGACGGCUAUGUGCAUUGCUGGGACCUGCGUCGGCCCAGCACGCCGGCUCUGACGUUCAUCGACUGGGUCGCCGGUGCCACGCAGGUCAAAUACAACCGCCAGGACGACCAUGUCAUUGCGUCGUCGCACAACCGCUGCGUUCACAUCUGGGACGACCGCAAGGCGUCUCUGCCACUGCGCACCAUCGAAGCGCACACGUCGAAAAUCUACGGCCUGGACUGGAACCGGACAAACAGCACGUCGUUGGUGACCUGCUCGCUCGACAAGACCAUCAAGUUCUGGGACUACACCGUGCGUGGCGCAAACGACGGUGCCAGCAGCUUUGACGGCAACAGCGUAACACCCAUGGGUACUCUCGGCCCCAUCAACGAAGACGACGUGCCCGAGCGUAUCAUCAAGACAAGCUUCCCUGUCUGGCGCGCCCGUCACACACCCUUUGGUGGUGGCCUUCUUGCAAUGCCGCAAAAUGCGCCGGGCAACCUGUACCUCUACGACGCCCGGCCGUCUGCCAUGCUGGCCGCCGAGGACCCCGCGACCUUGAACGAUCCCGUCGCCGUUUUCCCGGGCCACGGCCACCACAAGGUCAAGGAGUUUUUGUGGCGCUCACGGGGUGGCAUCGAAGACGGCCUCGACAACCGCGACUUCCAGCUCGUGUCCUGGGGCGAAGACAACAAGCUGCGUCUCAGCCGCCUCGACGGCAACGACCUGGGCACUGUAGGCUACCAGCGUGGCCGCCCUGCGCCCAAGAACCUGAAUAUCACGCGCAGGGGCGCCUCCUACAAGACCUUCCGCAUCCUCGAAGACAUUGGCGACUAUGAGAAACGAAGCGCUACUAUGAGCAGCCUUCGACCUGGCAGCCAUAGAGGAACGGUCUCCUUGCCGGCCAGCCAGGGCGUAAGCCGACGGCCAUCGCCCACGCCAGAGGACGAUCACCACCACCACCAUCACCAUCAUCACCACGGCCACGGCUAUAGCCAUAGCCAAAGCCAUCACCACAACAACCUUCACAGGCAUCAACAGUCCCGCCAUCACAGCCACCAGCACCCGCCAGAACCACCCACCAAGGGCUCGUCUCCGUCUCUGCCCCCGCCGCGCUCGCUCUCCAGCAGCAACAUUAUGCGCGACGACGUCGCAUCACCAACGUUGACGCCACAGCGAGGCAAGUUCGAGCAACGGCCUUCAUGGAGGAACCCGUCGAUGCGCGCCACCCAAGUUGCGGGAGCGAAGAACCCGGACCAGAGCAACGUGCAGCUCGACUGGAUGAAGGGCGUCUCCAUGAACAAGCGCAAGACAAGCACCGAGCCGGCCCUCACGUCGAGCCAGGAGCAGCUCUUGGACUCACAGUCUCUCGAUGCGCAACGCAAAGUCUCGACCGACUCGGCCCUGUCUUCGCCCCUGCAGAUGUCCACCCAUGACGCAUCCAUCUCCAUGAGCAGCGAUACCAACAACGAGCCCGAGUCCAUACAGGAGGAGAUUGUGCGCAUCACGGACAAGCUUCCGCGCGUCAAGUGGGAGGAACUCGACAUGGACAACUUGACCCUGGUCGCCUCUCUGAAAGGGCCAUGGGGCGGCGACAGCCAGACUGUGUUUAUCAAAGUUCGCGUCAUGGUGCCGCCCGGCUAUCCCAGCGCUCGUUCGCCGCGCUUCUAUAUCGAGAACAGCUCGCUUGUUCCUGAGGCCACGCAGGAGAAAAUUGCAGCGGACCUCUUUAUGCUGACGGCCGAGUAUCUGAAGCGACGGAGCAACUGCUUACUCGUUGCGUUCCGCUACCUGCUCGGCGAGGUCGACCUACAGAGCAGUCUGGCUCUUCUCAACCGCGCCCUGACGAACCCCCGACUGGUCAACGACGAGAGCGCCUCGUCCUCGUCGAGCGACGACGACGACGAUGACGUGGAGACCGCCAGGAAUGCCUUCCUGUCGCCCAUCCAAGCCAUCGGUUCCGAGAUCAUGAUUGGCCCCAUGCUGCCCCUGCCGCCGCCGCCGCCGCCUCGGAGCUGUGGUGCCGUCUUCACGCGGGACGGCCGCAUCGUCACCUUCUUCCUCACCAAAGCCGGCAAAGCUAGUGCCAAGAUUAUGUUUGAAGCCCCUUCCCCUCCGACACGCGACGAGCUCGCCGAGCUCGAGCAGCCCGUCUUCAUCGGCUUUGGAAAAGUUCUCCCGCCACGCUCGCGCACCCGUGGCUCGUCGCGGCGGCAGGUCGAGGGCGCCGAGUGGCACGACGGUUCGUCGUCCUCGGAUGAGUCCGACUCGUCUUCUUAUUCGGACGGAUCGUCCGGCUCGUCAUCGUCGUCGUCGUCAGGGGAUUCAUCGAGCUCUCGUAACCACUAUUCGCCAACCAACCUGAUGGAUCCGUGGAGCACAAACAUGGGCUUCCAACGUCGCAUUGUCCGCAGCGGAAAAUCGGACCGCAAGAGACAAGCCAGCGAAUUUGACGACAACGAUAGCGACUCGCUCGCCCGGUCGGGCACGCUCGACCCCGGCCUGCCCGUGGGGCCCAAGAGCACCGUUGCCAUCGAAGACAUGCGGCCGUACCUACCGUCCAAGCGCGAUCUGGCUCGUGAUUAUGCCAUCUUUGGCGACGGCGCCGACGUCUGCCAGCACAAUGCGCGCGUGGCUGAAAAGUACGGCGAGGCCGACCUCGCCAACAUCUGGCGCUAUGCGGCCCUGCUGCUCAAGUCGGAUGUGCCGCUGCGACUGGCGUCCAUGUACGACGACUCUGGCCAGCGCAAAAAGUCCAUCCUCGUCAUCGCCCGCGAGGCCGUUGCCGAUGCGAACAACCACGACACGGACAACGAUGCGCCAGACCAAAGUCUUCUCAUCCCAAAGUCACGCUCUCGCGACACGUUCUCAGGUCGUGUGAAAUGGGGCCUGCAUCCAUUGGCCCGUGACUUUGUCGACGACCUCUUCGAUUACUUUGAGCGACUGGCCGACAUCCAGAUGCUCGCCAUGCUGUCGUGCGUCUUUGGCGAGUCCUUUGAAGAAGACAGCGUGGCUUACGCCGAGUCACACUUGUCAAAAUCCGACACACCACUUCCUAUGAAGGCCCCUUCCUUCUCGCUCGACUAUGUUCCCACGACUCGAGGCCAUUUCAGCGCGGCACCACCGCCCCGUCUUGUCCUGUCCGGCGCCAGCACACCCGGCGGCUUCGGCUCCGGCAGCAACGGCAACAGCAUGCCCCCGGCACCGGGCGCUGUCGUCUACGACGGAUCGAUUGACCCGGACAAUGACUUUGACGAUGAGUUUGACGACUAUGAAUAUGACACGGUCAUGUGGGGCAACGGCACGCAUGUGAACGGCCUCUCACAGAACAACUCGUACUCUGGUGGUGAGACACCGCCAAAGUGGCUAGUCGGCAGCGCUCCUAACGGCGGCAGUGGCACCGGGAGCGGUAUGCUCUCGUCGUCUCCCCUGUUUGGUGCUGCAGCCGGCCGUUUCUUGCGCCGGGGCAACAAUGCGGUCGUGUCGGCCAUUGCUGCCGGCAUCCCGCAGACACUGACCACUCUCCUGUCGUCCUCACCCAACGAUCGUAGCGAUGGCGGCCCCGUCCCCGUGUCGACACCACCAGCGUUGUCCCGGCGCCAGUCCUUCUUCGACUCGGCACCCCCGUCCCAACGGCCGUCUCCACAAGCCCGCUCCUCGUACCUUGGUGCCAACCUUCACGGCGGCCAGGCAGAGAGGUUGCAAAACAGACAGCAGCAGCCGCCUCCGCAACAGCAGCAAGACCCGCUUGUCCUUCACUCGCAAUCAGCGCACCGCGACAUACCCUUCCCAACAUCCGUCUCCCAGCGGCUCCUCGGCGUGUCAACGUCGACAUCACCCCGAAACACGUCCGCUCUCGGCAAGCUCUCGUCACUGUCCUCCUCCCCCCAAGACCAGGCUCCAAUCCGCAAACGACCGAGCCCCGCCGAGACCAUUUUUAGCAACUUGACGGCAGGCAACCUUACUUGGGCGGCCUCCGCCUUGUUCGGCGGUGGCGGCGGUGGCAAUGGUGCCAACAGUGGCGGUAGUGCGGGCCCUUCCACCGAACCCGGGACGGCGGCGACGUCGGUCUCGGACGAGGGCCGCCGCCGCGAACAGGCCAUUGCGGAUGCUGCCGCCAACGCUGUGGCCAAGGGUGUCAAGGCGCAGGCGGAAGCAGCAGCGUCCAACAUGGUCGCCGUCGACGUGCUCGUGCGCACGUACAACGACCACCUCUUUGACGAUGACGGCUGGAUGGUGGCAUCUCUGCUGGGCGGGAAGCGUCGCCGCCGCCUGUACGCGGAAUACCGGUACGCCUACUCGGAACUGCUGCAAGUAUGGUCGGAACCUCUAGCACGCCUCGAGGUCCUCAAGUUCAACGUCCUGCGGGAGGAUGCCAUGAAGGCGGCGGCCGCCCGCAACGACGACGACGUCAAUACCAAUGCCAUCGACGCGGACGGCACCAAUGCCAACACCAGCGCCAACGCCAACGCCAACGCCAACGCCAACGCAGACGAGGAUGCUUGUCUGCCGUCGGCAUCGCUGGGCAACAACACCAAGCACGACCGGCUCUUGGCCGUGCGUAACUCUGGCCGCGGCCUCGAUGCCGUUGGCAUCUGCGAAUACUGCGAACUACAGCUUGAGCCGCUCGAAUACGAUUCCCGCGCCGCACUGACGGUUUCCAGCGGCGUGGGCAGCAAACUGGGCGGUGCCGUCGGCGUCUGCCGCCGCUGUCGCCGCGCGCGGUCGCAGCUGCGCUGCGUCUACUGCACCGAACCCGUCGACGCCAUCUACAUGCCGUGCUUUGGCUGUGGCUGCGCCAGCCAUCCGCGCUGUCUUCGGGCGUGGUAUGACGCCGGCGAGCGCCUGUGCCCGGCCGGUGACGAGUGCGAUUGUGCAGAGGAAGCGACGUCCGGCCGCAUCGAGAGCUGGACGGCCAUGCAGGCGCAGCUCGCCAGUGGCGAGGGGGUGGGCCUGGCACAUGGUGGUGCAGGCAACGUCAGCCAUUUGCCGUCGACCAGUGCGGACGCGGUACAGCAGCCGGCCGAGCUCGCGAGCACCAAGUCGCGCGGUCUCAUUGCCCAGGCCCGGCGGUCAGCGCACUAUGCCUCGUCGUCGUCGUCGGCCAUGCUCGUGUCGCCAUACGGGCAGCACUACCAUGCCGACGGCGAGGGCCAUGCCAGUCCCCGCGGCGGCAAGAACAGCAAUCGCGCCAGAAGCAUGCGCCAUGUCUCCCUGUCGUCCUCGUUGGGCUACUACGACGACCCCAACGACGUGUUUGGCAACAACAUGCUGGGAGCCGAUUCCCUGGGCCGGGGCGGUUCAGGUUCAGGUUCAGGUUCAGGUGCUGCAAAUACCACCAGCGACAACACCACCAAACCGCCCGUCACGACGACGACCAACAAUACGGGCGGCGGUGGUUUCUGGGGCAGCAACCGCCGGUCCAAGCCGGCUUCGUCGGGCCUCCGCCAGCAGCUGCAGCAGCAGCAGAUGGAGUACAAGCAACAGAGCGGUGGAUCGCAGAGACAAACCAGCAUGCAGCACGACGCCCGCCAUGCACGACGGGGCCGGAACCAAGAGCAACAGCAGCAGCAGCAGCAGCAAUCCUCACCUCAUACACCCGAGACGUCGUCCCAGGGCGGUAGCCUCGUCUCCUCUGCAGGUCCCUCUGGUGGAGAAAGCCAAGCCGCGUCGUCCGCCUCGACCAGCGGCGGUGGCGGCCCCUUGUCGGCAGCGCGUCUGAGCCUCUCCAGCCGACUGCUGCGGAGCUCUGCGCUGCGUCGGCAGGCGGCGUCCAGCAGCCCGUCCAGCAGCACCGCCGGCGAUCCGAGCGGCAAAGACAACGGCCAUGAGGCUAGUGACAGCCCUCAUGCGUCACAGUAG